GUUCUCUCUCUAUAUAACGUAGGAAGUCCAAAUUCCCUCUCCCUCCCUCCCCCCUUUCUUCUCCCUCAAAUCAAAUCAAAUCUUUCGCAACAAUCUUUCUCCCUUUUUCUUUGCUGAGAUUUUCUAGGGUUUAUCCCAUGGCCGCCGAGAAUCUCAGGGAUUUGAGCCAACCUAUCGAUGUGCCUUUACUCGACGCCACUGUUGCUGCCUUCUAUGGCACCGGAUCCAAGGAACAGAGAACCGCUGCUGACCAGAUUUUGCGCGAUUUGCAAAAUAAUCCGGAUAUGUGGCUUCAAGUCAUGCAUAUUUUACAGAACACUCAAAGCCUAAAUACCAAGUUCUUCGCGUUGCAGGUUCUAGAAGGCGUAAUUAAAUAUAGAUGGAAUGCAUUGCCUGCUGAGCAGCGAGAUGGAAUGAAAAAUUUCAUCUCUGAUGUUAUUGUACAGCUUUCUGGCAAUGAGGCCUCAUUUCGAACUGAGCGGUUGUAUGUCAACAAACUCAAUAUUAUUUUAGUUCAGAUUUUGAAGCAUGAAUGGCCAGUGAGGUGGAGAAGCUUCAUUCCUGACCUUGUUUCAGCAGCUAAAACUAGUGAAACAAUUUGUGAGAAUUGUAUGGCAAUAUUGAAGCUAUUGAGUGAAGAGGUUUUUGAUUUUUCAAGAGGAGAGAUGACUCAACAGAAGAUAAAAGAGCUUAAACAAUCAUUGAAUAGUGAAUUUCAGCUCAUACAUGAGUUGUGCUUAUAUGUGUUAUCAGUGUCCCAACGUACUGAGCUUAUACGGGCAACACUCUCUACAUUGCAUGCCUUCCUAUCAUGGAUCCCUUUGGGUUAUAUAUUUGAAUCACCAUUGCUUGAGACACUACUGAAAAUUUUCCCCAUUCCUGCAUAUCAGAACCUGACAUUGCAAUGCUUAACUGAGGUGGCAGCCCUUCAGUUUGGGAAUUUAUGUGAUGCCCAUAUUAAGAUGUAUAAUAUAUUCAUGGUUCAGUUGCAGACCAUACUUCCACCCAGUACUAAUAUUCCUGAGGCAUAUUCACAUGGUUCAAGUGAGGAACAAGCAUUUAUACAGAAUUUGGCAUUGUUCUUCACCUCAUUUUACAAGGUUCACAUUCGAAUUCUGGAGUCCACUCAAGAGAAUAUAUCUGCUUUGCUUUUGGGUCUUGAAUAUCUUAUCAACAUCUCAUAUGUAGAUGAUACUGAGGUUUUUAAGGUAUGUUUGGACUACUGGAAUGUCUUGGUUUCAGAACUGUUUGAGCCACCACAACGUUGCAUGGUGAACACUGCAGUGGCAUCUCCAAACAUGAUAGGACUUCAGGUGCCUGUGAUGCCUCCAGGAAUGGUUGAUGGCCUUGGUUCUCAGCUUCUUCAGCGCCGCCAGCUCUAUGCUGGAUCCAUGUCAAAGUUGAGAAUGCUUAUGAUCUGUCGUAUGGCUAAGCCAGAAGAGGUUCUCAUUGUUGAAGAUGAGAAUGGGAAUAUAGUCCGUGAAACAAUGAAAGACAAUGAUGUUCUUGUUCAAUACAAGAUUAUGAGGGAGACUCUUAUUUACUUGUCGCAUCUUGACCAUGAUGAUACUGAAAAGCAGAUGCUGAGAAAGUUAAGCAAACAACUUAGUGGUGAGGACUGGACAUGGAACAAUUUGAACACACUGUGCUGGGCAAUAGGAUCUAUAUCUGGCUCCAUGAUGGAAGAGCAGGAAAAUAGAUUUUUGGUCAUGGUCAUUCGUGAUUUAUUAAAUCUCUGUGAAAUCACAAAGGGAAAAGAUAACAAAGCUGUUAUUGCAAGUAAUAUCAUGUAUGUUGUGGGACAGUAUCCUCGGUUUUUAAGAGCUCAUUGGAAGUUUCUAAAAACCGUUGUGAAUAAGUUGUUUGAGUUUAUGCAUGAGACACAUCCUGGAGUUCAGGAUAUGGCUUGUGAUACAUUUCUGAAAAUAGUCCAAAAGUGCAAACGCAAAUUUGUAAUCACCCAGGUUGGAGAAAAUGAGCCAUUUGUUUCUGAACUUCUUACUGGCCUUCCAACUACAAUUGGGGAUCUUGAACCCCAUCAAAUACACACGUUCUAUGAAUCUGUUGGUAACAUGAUUCAAGCAGAGUCUGAUGCCCAGAAGCGAGAUGAAUAUCUUCAAAAGUUGAUGGUUCUCCCAAAUCAGAGAUGGAUGGAAAUUAUAGGGAAGGCACAUCAAAAUGUUGAAUUUCUGAAGGAUCAAGAUGUAAUCCGAACUGUGCUUAAUAUAUUGCAGACAAAUACAAGUGUUGCAUCUUCUUUAGGAACGUUUUUCCUACCUCAAAUCACAUUGAUCUUUCUGGACAUGUUGAAUGUCUACAGAAUGUAUAGUGAGCUUAUAUCAAAAAGUAUUGCAGAAGGGGGACCUUUUGCAUCUAGAACGUCAUAUGUGAAACUUCUACGUUCGGUUAAGAGAGAGACACUUAAACUGGUUGAUACAUUCUUGGACAAGGCUGAAGAUCAGCCACAGAUUGGAAAGCAAUUUGUGCCACCGAUGAUGGAUCCUGUUCUAGGAGAUUAUGCCAGGAAUGUGCCUGAUGCAAGGGAAUCAGAGGUUUUGUCACUUUUUGCUACAAUUAUAAACAAAUAUAAAGCUGCAAUGGUUGAUGAUGUCCCCCGCAUAUUUGAAGCUGUUUUCCAGUGCACAUUGGAGAUGAUUACAAAAAAUUUUGAAGACUACCCAGAGCAUCGGCUAAAGUUCUUCUCUUUACUGCGUGCCAUAGCUACUCAUUGUUUCCCAGCUUUGUUCUGCUUGUCAAGUCAGCAACUGAAGCUUGUUAUGGAUUCAAUCAUAUGGGCAUUUCGGCAUACAGAAAGGAAUAUUGCUGAAACUGGGCUGAACCUGUUGUUAGAGAUGCUGAAGAAGUUUCAGGCAUCAGAGUUUUGUAAUCAGUUUUAUCGGACAUACUUUCUGACAAUUGAGCAAGAGAUAUUUGCUGUCUUGACGGACACUUUUCAUAAGCCUGGGUUCAAAUUACAUGUCUUGGUGCUUCAACAUUUGUUCUGUCUGGCAGAAACUGGUGCCCUAACUGAGCCUCUUUGGGAUGGUGCCACAAAUCCCUACCCAUACCCAAGUAAUGCAGCUUUUGUACACGAGUUCACAAUAAAACUUUUGAGCACUUCAUUUCCCAACAUGACUACUGCAGAGGUUACACAACUUGUUAAAGGUCUCUUUGAGUCCACAAAUGACCUCUCCACUUUUAAAACUCACAUACGAGAUUUUCUUGUACAGUCAAAAGAAUUUUCAGCUCAGGAUAAUAAAGAUCUGUAUGCUGAAGAGGCUGCAGCUCAGAGAGAGAGGGAACGACAAAGAAUGCUUUCUAUUCCAGGUCUUAUUGCCCCGAGCGAGUUGCAAGAUGAGAUGGUUGACUCAUAGAUUUAGGCUACACAAUAUGGGAGAGUUAGCACAUUACACCUAGGGCAUUUUGGCUUGUGUCAUAGGAGCCUUUAUUCAAUCAAAUACCACAUGGUUUGAGAACACAUGCAGCAUUUUCCUCGUUAAAAUGUAGUUUUCCCAAUAUUUCAUGUUGGGACUGGUUUGGUAUAGGUUCCUGAUUUCAGAGGUUUGGCUGGCUGGCUGAAGAUACUGCCUUGUCUUAUUGGGUGAGUGUAGAUUAUUCAGUUGCUAAUUUAGGACGUUAAUAGUCAUUUGUGAAAAACUCGUCAAGGCAGCUUUCCGUAGAAUCAUAGGAUGGAUGACUCAAUUCUGAGUAUUGAUGAAUCCUUAGGUAUGAUCUCCUAACCUCUGGUGGUUUGUGCAGAAAAACCCUCGUGGUUUGAUAUUUUGUAUUUUUUUCACCAAUUAAUUUUAGGGGAAUCGAUGUGCCAUGAUUGCCUUUAAUAUAUGAUUUUCAUGGUACUACUGUUGUAGAUCACAUGCUCCCAUCAUGCCUAUCGAAUGAAAAGAUUUUAUUUCUUUACCCCUUCCA